UGAGCGGGUGCGUAGGCGGCUUCCGGUGUGGGUGACGAGUGGUGGCCGAAGUAGGGGGACAUCAAGGGACGCUCAGCCAGGGACCAUGGCGGACGGGGGCUCGGAGCGGGCUGAUGGGCGCAUUGUCAAGAUGGAGGUGGACUACAGCGCCACGGUGGAUCAACGACUGCCCGAGUGCGAGAAGCUGGCCAAGGAAGGAAGACUUCAAGAAGUCAUUGAAACCCUUCUCUCUUUGGAAAAACAGACCCGUACUGCUUCUGAUAUGGUGUCCACAUCCCGUAUCUUAGUUGCAGUAGUGAAGAUGUGCUAUGAAGCUAAAGAAUGGGAUUUACUCAAUGAAAAUAUUAUGCUUUUGUCAAAAAGACGGAGUCAGUUAAAACAAGCUGUUGCAAAAAUGGUUCAACAGUGCUGUACUUAUGUUGAUGAAAUUACAGACCUUCCAAUCAAACUUCGACUAAUUGAUACUCUACGAAUGGUUACAGAAGGAAAGAUUUAUGUUGAAAUUGAGCGUGCUCGACUGACUAAAACAUUAGCAACUAUAAAAGAGCAAAAUGGUGAUGUGAAAGAGGCAGCCUCCAUUUUACAAGAGUUACAGGUGGAAACCUACGGGUCAAUGGAAAAGAAAGAGCGAGUGGAAUUUAUUUUGGAGCAAAUGAGGCUCUGCCUAGCUGUAAAGGAUUAUAUUCGUACACAAAUCAUCAGCAAGAAAAUUAACACCAAGUUUUUCCAGGAGGAAAAUACAGAGAAAUUGAAGUUGAAAUACUAUAACUUAAUGAUUCAGCUGGAUCAACAUGAGGGUUCCUAUUUGUCUAUUUGUAAGCACUAUAGAGCAAUAUAUGAUACUCCUUGUAUACAGGCAGAGAGUGAAAAGUGGCAACAGGCUCUGAAAAGUGUUGUCCUCUAUGUUAUAUUGGCUCCUUUUGACAAUGAACAGUCAGAUUUGGUUCACCGAAUAAGUGGUGACAAGAAGUUAGAAGAAAUUCCAAAGUACAAGGAUCUUUUAAAGCUUUUUACCACAAUGGAGUUGAUGCGUUGGUCCACACUUGUGGAAGACUAUGGAAUGGAGUUAAGAAAAGGUUCUCUUGAGAGUCCUGCCACUGAUGUUUUUGGUUAUACAGAGGAAGGUGAAAAAAGGUGGAAAGAUUUGAAGAACAGAGUUGUUGAACAUAAUAUUAGAAUAAUGGCCAAGUAUUAUACGAGGAUAACAAUGAAGAGGAUGGCUCAACUUCUGGACCUAUCUGUUGAUGAGUCAGAGGCUUUUCUAUCAAAUCUAGUAGUUAACAAGACCAUCUUUGCUAAAGUAGACAGGCUGGCAGGAAUUAUCAACUUCCAGAGACCCAAGGAUCCAAAUAAUUUAUUAAAUGACUGGUCUCAGAAACUGAACUCAUUGAUGUCUCUAGUGAACAAAACUACACACCUCAUAGCCAAAGAGGAGAUGAUACAUAAUCUACAAUAAAGAUCUCAGCACCCUUGAUGCUUUUAGAAAAGAGUUAAAAUUGGAAGUCAUUUUUUUAAAAAAGACUGUUAUGGUGUAUAUGUUGGGCUUGUUUUUUGUUUUUUCCUACUCUCAGCUACUUUGUCUAAAAUUUAAGAGAUAGUGAAUAUGUUUAAGGCCCCUUUCAACCUUUCAAUUCCCUAAUUUCAUUAUUAACUUUGCAUUUACAAUUGGUGCAAAAAUUUAUUUCUAUUAUUUGAGUACUCAAAAAAAUUGUUAUGACUUACCCAACGUGUUUUUCUAUCAUUUGACAUCUUUUUAACUUUUAUUUGUUUUCAUUCAGCUAACACCCAUCAUUAUAAUAAUAAAAGCAGUAUAUGCACAUUUAUGUUCUAUGGUUACCUGUAUUUUGAAACAUUUUGUUGGGUAGUGAUUUAAGUGUUUUUUAAAUAAAAUAAAUUCUGUUGUAAAAAUACUGAUUAUUUAGUAGAAUUUAAAAAGCAUAAUAGAACGUACAAGAACAUUUGGGAUAGAGCUGUGAAUUGUGAAGAAUUUGUAUUUUAGUAAUGUGGCAGAGAAUCUAGACUGAGUAUGCAUAGAGCGAUCUGGUAGGCUAUUCACUUUUUAUUUUUAGUCAAACUGGUUUCGAUUGCAGGAGCUUGAUUAUUUUUACCCCUUUUCUCUGACUUGACCAGCUGUUCUGUUAAACAAAAUCAAGUGAUAUAGCAUUGACACAACUUAACAGAAAGUUGUUUUAAUGUUAUUUCUUUGUGGCUUUAACUUAGAGGUCUAAUUACAUCAUUAAUGCUCAAAUUCAUCAUGUUUUUGUAGGAACUUAAGUAACAUUUUAUGAAUACUGGAUAACAACCUAAAAUGCUUUUUAAAGUGACCAAAAAAAAAAAAAAAGAAAGACUUCAAUCACCCUCUUAGCAAAUGGUGUAUUGUUUACAUUUUUUUUACAGAAGGAAAGUAGUCAUUGUCAAAAGAAACAUCUGAGGUCAAUAUGAGAAAAUUUUGGAAGUUUUAAAAUUUGAUUUAUUACAGGGAAAUAGAAAAAAGACAAUGUUAGAAGGUUAUUUAAAAUGAUGUUUAAAUGAAAGUACAAGAUCUACUUUUUUAAAAAUGCAAAUGAAAUGAGGGGGUAAGAAAACAUUCUGGAAACAGCAUUUCUCAUAAUUCAUUUUCUGUUUAAUGAUUACUAAAUUGUCCUAUUUCAUGAUCCCAGGACUGGGAACAAUUGUGGGACCUCUGCUAUUUACUGAGUCAUUGUGAAUAAUAACAUAGUAUUAACCUAAUUUCAUCCUUUGGAAAUUUAAUGUAUUGGUCACAUGAAUAACAUCAACAUCUGCUAUCACUUAUUUUUAAAAGUCUAACCAAAACGAUGGCAGGUUCGGAAACAUUAGAAGUUCACACUAGCAGUAAGAAUAUGGUUUAGAUUUUCUUUUGAAUGAAAAGGAUAGAAAAUAAAAACGUUUUGCAUUGUUAAUUUAUAAUCAAAUUAGAGCUAAUUUGACUCUAGCUUCUCAUUAACUCACUAACUCAUUUUCCUUGUACUUGUCAAAUCUAGACUAAAUGGCCAAAUAAGUUGCUGUAACGAUCUCAAAUACUCUUCUUCUUUGGCCUUUAUUUAACGUGCUCACCCUUAAACAAAGCUUUGGUGCCAUUUGUAACUGUCUCAGUGACCAAAUUUCAUUUGACUUGAUUCACAGUUCAUCCAUUUCUUGUUUUCUCUGUACAAGCCAACUUAAGAGUUACUACCAAUUUCUUAGUGUUAAAAGGAAGACACCAUCAGCACAGGGCAGUGAAAUAUUCAACAUGUUCAGAACCCCAAAUCCUGCCUUACAUUUCUGACCCAAACUGGCAUUCAUGAAAAGGAUUGAAACACUUUGUUUUAAAUAUGGCGAAAAUAACACUUGACUCACUAUCAUUUUCAUUAGGUUAUUAGGAGAGGUGAUAAGCCACUGUUCUGUUUUUGUUUUUUAAAUGAAACACCCUUAACCCUCUUACUUCUAUAUAAUUUAUGUUUUUAUUUUAGAGUUCAAUAGCUAUUUCUGUAAUUAUCCUCAAUUCCCAUAUGCUUAUUAAGUCACUGAAAAACAUCUUUAAAAUUGAUAACUGUUCCGUUCUAUCUCUUGUAAGUGUUAAAUGUUUGAUAAAAGUACAUAUUUUAAAUUGUUUUCAGCUCCUGGAUAUAGCUGCAAUAAAAGCACUAAUUUGUGGGUAUUUAAGAAAACCUGGAGAAUAAACUCAAACUUUAAAAGAUCA